AUGGCCAGUAUUCCUGCAUGCAUGAGACUUGGCAUUGCGGAUGCGGCAAUUGAAACACCGAUGUCUUUUUACAAGCCUCGACGUGCCUACCCCUAUAGCGUCGAAUGCGUUCGACAUACACAAACAUACGCACAUGUAUACCUACGUUUGCACCCAUGCAUGCAGUUAUGUGCCUUCAUUAACUUGUACUGGUCAACAAAGGCGGGCCCCGAAAGAAUGCGUGUGUUCGUUGAUGCCGUCUCUGGAGAUGAAAUGUUCUCGGAUUCCUUCAAGUUUAAGUUGGUGGAUGACGUGGUCUACGAGGUAGAAGGAAAAUAUGUCAUUGUUUCGAACAAAAUUGAUGACAGCCUCCUCGGCGCUAACCCCUCCGCUGAGGAAGAAAACGAGGCGUUAGAAGAGGGUAGCCAACGGGUUAUUGAUUUGGUUCAUGGAAUGCGUCUAACCUACUCUCCCUUUGAUAAAAAGGGCUACAAGGAUUAUCUGAAAGUAACCGGAAGUUUUUACGUGACCAAUUUCGCAGGAUUACGUCCAGACCAUCAAGAAGCGACUUACGGAACAGGAUCCUGA